CCGCGAUGGAGCGGUGGACUUGCCAGGCUGGCCAUUGCCGGCGUGAGGCGGUGCGGGCUGCGGCUAUUUAAACCUCUCCCCAGGGCUUUCCGAAUCGAGCACCGACACCGAGGGAGGAAGAGACGGCGAGCAGAGAGAUCAGAGAUGGAGGUGGAGGUGGAGUUCACUUGGAAGGGCCUGUUCCAGCGGCGGCUGGUCCUGGCGGCCAGGCACUGCGACAGGGUCCACGGGCUGCUCUUCGGGGCGAUCGAGGUCGUGGACGCCGACUUGCGGACCUGGCGCCGCCACGAGGGGCCCUGCGCGGAGGAGGCGCAGGGCGCGCUCGAGGGCGCCUCGGCGGAGCUCGGCCUCGCCCUCGCCAGCAUGGGCGCGGCCCGCCACCUCGCGCUCCGGGGCGGUGCGCCCUGCCCGAGCGCGCCGCUCGACUCCGUGGACGACCUCGCAGGGGACCCCGGCGUGUGGUGCGCGCUGGAGAGGCUCGAGAAGGCCGCCGGGAUCGCCACCCGCGUGCACGACGGGCUGGAGGGCGCCCGCGGGCACCUUCGCGCGGCCGCGCUCCUGGCGGCCCUGGACGGGGUCGGCGGCGGCGGUGGGGGCGGCGACAGCACCGCACCGUGGGAGCAGAGCCCCUGCUUCGCCGAGCAGCUCAACGGCGCCAUGGAGCUCGGCGAAGCGAUGCUGAAGGCGGGGGAGCUCGUCGCGGAGACCGCGGUGGCGCGCGAGGCGGCGUUCGGCUUCAUCGGCGGCGCCAAGUGAAUUAUCCGGCCUACCGGAUUCGCAACAUUGAUCAUUAGAUUCGUCACCUGGACGCCUGCUUGCGUUUGUUCUACUCUCUCGUGUCGCGGAGAAAUCGAAGGUGAUCGUUUCGGUGUGAUCUCAGCGAGUCAGUGGCUCGGGCGCCCCGGCAUGAUGUCAUUCCGAAAGCUUCUGAUCUUACGUUUCAAAGUUCAAACUUAUGUUGUACUCCAUUGAUGGCUUGUUCCUUGCUUAUGUGGAUGCAUUGUUGGCCUGCUUAGAGUUCA